CGGCGGUAAAGGGGGGCGGGGGAGAGACGAGUGAGGAGACUGGAGCGCCCGCGUGUUUUGGGAGAGUGCGCUACCAUCAGCCGUCAAACGACAACCUCACGCUCCCAAACAUUGUCGCGGUCCUGCCACGCCAGGUCAGCGGCGGAGGAAAAUAUCGGUGACGUUACCCCCUUCCCACCCACCACCCCACCUUAGUUGAGUAGGGCGCCGGGAUACUGCCGUUGGAUUGCUGAGGGCCAAUCGCAGCGCGGCGUCGGACGUCGCCGUAGGUUGUUGGCCAAUUGGGAGCCGAGGUCCCGCUGUCAAUCAGGUGGGAUUGCGUUGAGUGGGCGGGACGUUCACUGGGCUGUAGUUCCGUCAUCCCGCUCAUCUCCGGGGCUACAGGGGGCCAAUGUUGAUUUGGGCGAAUUGCCGUCCAUAUAGGAGGACACUGGAUUUGAAAACGCCUCAGUUUGCUCCCGCGAAGGCUUUCGACCUAGAAUACCGCAUCCCCGCCCGGCCAGUUACUGUGUUUUUCGGGGAGGCUGGGGUGAAGGUGGGAAGCCAGGGGGCCUCCAUCGGAGGGGGCUGCGAGGAGGCAUAGGAGAAGACUGGCCAACAGCGCCCAGCAGCGACCCGGGAUCUGACGCUCGGCGAGCGAGCGGCAUCGGCAGCGGACACCCUGUUCAAGAUCAACACCGUGCUUGCAUUGAGGAAAUAUUUUGUAGUCCUGACCGAGCUCAGACCUGCUCGGCGGAGCCUGAGAGCGACUGAUCGUCCGUUGACAGGUUGUCAUCAUGGGCAACGCGCCCACGGCCAGGAAGGGCAGCGAGAUGGAAAGCGUAAAGGAGUUCCUUGCUAAAGCCAAAGAGGACUUCCUGAAGAAGUGGGAGAGCCCUGAACAGAACACUGCUUGCCUGGAGCAGUUUGAGAGGUUGAAAACUCUGGGCACGGGCUCAUUUGGUCGCGUUAUGCUGGUGAGGCACAGAGAAACAGGACAGCAUUACGCCAUGAAGAUCCUCAACAAGCAGAAGGUGGUGAAGCUCAAGCAGAUCGAGCACACUCUUAAUGAAAAGAGAAUUCUUCAAGCUGUUAACUUUCCUUUUCUCGUACGGUUAGAGUACUCAUUCAAGGACAGCACUAACCUCUACAUGGUGAUGGAAUAUGUGCCAGGCGGAGAGAUGUUCUCCCAUCUACGGAGAAUUGGCAGAUUUAGUGAACCUCAUGCUCGGUUCUACGCUGCACAAAUUGUUCUGACCUUCGAAUACCUGCAUGCUUUGGACCUGAUCUAUAGAGAUCUGAAACCGGAAAACCUGCUCAUAGACCAACAGGGAUACAUACAGGUGACAGAUUUUGGCUUUGCCAAACGUGUAAAGGGCAGGACUUGGACACUGUGUGGCACGCCAGAAUAUCUUGCCCCUGAAAUCAUCCUCAGCAAGGGAUAUAACAAGGCAGUGGACUGGUGGGCGCUGGGCGUACUGGUCUAUGAGAUGGCAGCCGGGUACCCCCCUUUCUUUGCUGACCAGCCUAUUCAGAUCUACGAGAAGAUUGUAUCAGGGAAGGUGCGUUUCCCGUCUCACUUCAGCUCUGACCUGAAGGAUCUCCUGAGGAACCUGCUACAGGUUGAUCUUACGAAACGCUAUGGGAACCUCAAGAACGGGGUCAACGACAUUAAGGGACACAAGUGGUUUUCAACUACUGACUGGAUUGCCAUUUACCAGAAAAAAGUGGAAGCUCCAUUCGUCCCCAAGUUUAAGGGGCCAGGCGACACCAGCAACUUUGACGACUACGAGGAGGAGGAGAUCCGCAUUUCCUUCAAUGAGAAAUGUGCCAAGGAGUUUGCUGAGUUCUAGAGUUAGUGCGCGAGUGAAUGAGGGAGGGAUUCAAUAAGGAAGCUGGGGGAGACAGAGCUAAGCUGGUCAAGUGGGAGAUGUAAGGAGGAGCGUACCAUCUCCUCUCACAAUCACAAGCACCAGCUGCAAGAAGAGGGAAAGGGGAUCAAGCAAGGAGACUGAUAACCAGCAGUGUUGCCUUUUUCUGUUCUACUUUCUUUAUGAUUCUGUCUCAUUUAUGGAUCCCUUUAUAAUGAAGGUGUGCUUCAGAUUCAUGGGUUGGGGAACCCCUCUUGUUUAGAGUCGCCUCUACACAGUUUACUCCCUGCUGGUAUGGUUUCAUCCUUCACGUUUGGAGCCCAAGAGAGGCAAAUUCAUUUGUUAGAGUCAACUGUUGCAUCUGUUCGUCAAAUGUGAAGACCACUGGAACUGGACCAGCAAAUGUCUGCACUGAUUUUUUUAAAUUCACAUUGAUAAUUGGUUGGCUUGCGCUUCCUCUGGUGAGCAACAGAAGUUUUAAAGUAAAUGCUCAAAGCAGACACACAGAGAUACAAGUUCAGCUUGAAAGGCUUCGGUUUUGCAACUUUAUUUUUUGUCAAGUAACUCCAUCCUCCAUGUUGUAGACAGCAUACGUCAAGUCACCAAUGUGAUUGGACGAUAGACAGACAGAAGUCACUCUUGAUGACUCUGUGUGUGUGUGUCAGUAUUUAUUGUCAUUGCAACUUGACAACUUUGUCCAUCUCCACGGCACCAACUUAUAAAUGUUUAAAUGUGUCUCCAGUGAUAUCAUGUGACGCUAACUAACACAAAGACGCGGACAAAGGAAAGGACAAGCACGGUUUCAAUGGUGUGAAGGAACACAUCAUGUUACAUAAUGGUAUCUCAGGUUUGAACAUAUCACUCAAUGGGGACAUUGGAUAUUUUUAUCCAAUGGAAACAUGGAAAUGGAAAUGUUAAUUUAUGGGCAGAAUUCAAAGGAACUAAAGGGAAUUUUUAGAUAUUUGAUUAGUGUCUUCCACGUUUUUGCCCUUCCAUUUGGUUUUGUGACUGGACAAAAGCCUGUGCUGUCUGCGCUCAGAUCUCACCUACUCUGCAUGUUUUUGUCCUGAAAGAGACCAUCUGAGGCAGACUACCUCAAACUGCUUCUGGAUUACCAGAGCACUUUGAUCUGUCAUUGAUGCUGGUCUUAUUUGUGUCCUUUUAAAAAAAAAUGUGUUUAAAUAUCCCAAUACUCACUUAGCUCAUUCCUCUUGUCAUUUCAAAUGUUGAACUACAAUAAUCAUAUGGCAAAUUUAGGAAUUUUAUUCCAUAUGGUGGUGAUGUAAAAAAAAAGAAAAAAGAAAAUGGCAUACCAUUGAACUGGCCUGGAAAAGGGAGCGCAUCUGCAGCUAGAUCUUGGAGUGGCUAACACGGUUCGUGCACUGUAUACUCUUUAACCUACAUGAUACAUGUGGUCAAUGCCUCCUUUAGAUAUGAUGGCAAGCGUUUUGACAUCUCAGUGGUGUUCUUUUUAACAUCUUGCCAUUCAAGAAUUUUAAAACUAAACUUGUAUUGAUUGCUUUCAAACAUUAAAGCCUUUGAGUAUCAUUUUAUAGCUACAUUUUAAUGCACCACCAUUCAAUGGUUCUCAUAACAAUAUAGUAGGAUUUCAUAUUAAAGGUUCAGUCUGCAGUAGAUUAUAAAAAGCUUCAGGUUUUUUUUUUUUAUUUAACCAUGAAUGUUAUGAAAAAUGAAGGGGGCUAUUGGUAGUAGCAGUUCACAUAGCAGACUUUUGUACAGCUGGUGUGGGCUCAAUGCCCCAUUCACAAUUGCUCUGUCAUGACUUCAUUCUAAGUCUUGGACCCAGUUGCCCCAGGAUUCAUUUCAUAUUCUCUGCAUGAUGACUCGAAUGCGAUGGCCCCAGGUUUAGUGCAGGAUAUUGGGAUACAAAACUUUUAUUUCAGAACUUCCUCAGCGCAAACUAAGCUGCACCAAUUUAGUACACCCCUUUUUGUCUUUUUCUCCAUUUUUUUUAAUAGCAGGCUCCAUACCCAAGCUAAGACAUAAGAACAAUACAACGAAAGUGACCUUUGAGCGUUUGCAUUCUAAAGACCAACAAGAGACCCCGUGAGAAUGACAUGAUACAGCUAAAGGGGUUUAUCCUAAUGAAAUGUAACAUAACUGAUGCUAAUCUAACAAUACAAUCAAAGAACAAAUGCUCACCAACUGAGCAGUGUUUCUUCUGAAACACUGCUCAGGUGAAAUGGUUGAUUAAUCAAUCUGGGCUGAGGUCUAAUUCACAUUGUCACAUUAGAUGGAUCAUGAUUAUUCUUAUUAUUUCAUACUGUUGUACCACUUGUCAAGACUUCACAAUUGCUGUAUCCCAGCCACGUCCGAUUCAAUGUUGACUAACAUUAUGGAUAAAAUGAAAUUUGAGGUGAUGAUACAACAGUUAGAUGUGUCUCAUCGAUGUUUCUGUAGUGACACUUCCCUUCGAAGCAGGUACUAUGCUGUGAUAUAUGUUGUCACACUUUUAGGGAAAUGAGAGACCCCAGUGUGAACUAUGUUAACCCCCACCACACAUACAAUACAGCAUAAAACACACACACACACACACAGCAAAGGGAAGUCACGGCAGCAGUGACAUAAAAACGUGAGUGUAAUAUUUUGCAACAUGAAUAUCAUUCCAAUAAAGUUUUACUUG